AUGUCUCAAGCCAUUCCCCUUGUAAACUCAGCCCAACUCGCUGAAAGGCAAAGCGAAGAAGUUCGUUUGAUUGGCAAAGUACUCAAGGUUUCCGGUGAUAUCCUUCUUCUUGAGGCCUCUGACCAUGGCACGGUAGAAGUCAAACUCCAGGUGGAUGAUUCACCUGCUACACAAUAUGUGGAAGUUGUUGGACGUGUGUCACGAACAGGUGACUCAGUAACCCAACAUGCCUUACUAUCCAUGGGCGAUGACAUUGACUUGACCCUAGUUGAGCAUCUUGUUCAUCUGACACCUAAAUACCCUGCGCUAUUCUCUGAGUAG